GGAGCUGUGGGCAGCUCUGGGCUCUGACGCCAACCGGCCCGCGUCUGGCCCUUGCAGAUGGCGUGCGAGGCGGAGCCCCGGCCGCUGGGCGUCUUUGAGUGCCAGCUCUGCUCCCUGACAGCGCCGUACAGCUACGUGGGACAGAAGCCGCCCAACACCCAGUCCGUCCUCCUCUUGGAGGAGAGUUUUGUCACGAAGGACCCCUUCACCCCCGAUGAGGACAGAUUCCUGAUCCUCGGAUCCAAGUGCAGCAUCUGCGGGCGGCUGGUGUGUGUGGGCCCGGAAUGCAGUCUGUUCUACUCCAGGAGAUUCUGCCUCCCUUGUGUGCAGGAGAACAUCCAUGCCUUCCCUCAGGAGAUUCGGCAGGACUUGGAGAAAAGGAAGGUUCCAUCCAAGAGGCCAGCUGGCCAGCCCAGUGCUCAAACUUGAGCCAGCCUCCGCGCCCUGGGUCGGGGCGGCCUGAGUUGGGAGCCCGCCUCCCGAGUGCGAGUGCGCGCCCUGAUUCCGGGCUGUCCUGAGCAGUGGCUGGAGCAACCGGGAGACGGAGUCCGGCUGCAGCAGCAGCAGCAGUGCCGGGAGCUGCGCAGGGAGGCGCCCACGAACACAGCCCCGUGUGCGCCCUGGACGCUGCUCGGUGCGGGACG